GGGAAGGAGGGAAGGAAGGGAGGAGGGCGAUGGUGAGGAAGGAUGCUUCCCCGGGAGCCUCUGGCGUUGGCCAGGCUGAAGAUGCGCAAAGGGAUCAGCUUCGAUGGGGAAGGAGGAGAGGAAGAAGGGGAGCAGGACAGCUCCGUCUCCGAGGAUUUGGGCUGCCGGCGCGGAGAGUUCAGCCGAAAGCAUUAUGGAUCCGUGGAGCUGCUCAUUUCCAGCGAUGCCGACGGAGCGAUCCAAAGAGCGGGCCGGUUCCGGGUGGAGAAUGGCUCCAUUGACGAGAAUACGGAUUAUGCACCUGGGACCUGGCACCGGACAGAUGUGCACCUGGAGAACCCCGAAUACCACACCAGGUGGUACUUCAAGUAUUUCCUAGGAAAAGUUCAUCAGAACUACGUCGGGACAGAUGCAGAAAAGAACCCGUUCUUCCUCUCCGUCGUGCUCUCCGACCAAAACAACCAGCGGGUCCCGCAAUACCGUGCAAUCCUUUGGAGGAAAACAGGAACUCAGAAAAUAUGCCUCCCUUACAGCCCUACGAAGACAUUGUCUGUAAAAUCUAUUUUAAGUGCCAUGAAUCUUGACAAGUUUGAGAAAGGGCCAAGAGAGAUCCUUCACCCAGAAAUCCAAAAGGAUUUAUUGGUCCUUGAAGAGCAAGAGGGCUCGGUCAAUUUUAAGUUUGGGGUUCUUUAUGCCAAAGACGGACAGCUGACGGAUGACGAGAUGUUCAGCAAUGAAACCGGCAGCGAAAGCUUUCAGAAGUUGCUGACUCUUUUGGGGGAGGCCAUUGUGCUCAAGGGCUGGACGGGCUACAGAGGAGGGCUGGACACCAAAAACGACACCACCGGCCUCCACUCCAUGUACACAGUCUACCAGGGCCACGAGAUCAUGUUCCACGUCUCCACCAUGCUCCCCUAUUCCAAGGAGAACAAGCAGCAGGUGGAAAGGAAGCGGCACAUUGGGAAUGACAUCGUCACCAUCGUGUUCCAGGAAGGAGAGGAGUCGUCACCAGCCUUUAAGCCUUCCAUGAUCCGCUCGCACUUCACACAUAUUUUUGCCUUAGUGAGAUACAACAAGCAAAACGAUAGCUACAGGCUGAAGAUCUUUUCGGAAGAAAGCGUCCCUCUCUUUGGGCCCCCACUUCCCUCUCCGCCGGUCUUUACGGACCACCAGGAAUUCAGGGAUUUUCUGCUCGUGAAACUGAUCAACGGGGAGAAGGCCACUCUGGAGACCCCGACUUUCGCCCAGAAGCGGCAGCGCACCUUGGACAUGCUGAUCCGCUCUUUGUACCAGGACCUCAUGCCCGACAUGCACAAGAACAUGCUCAACAGGAGGUCCUUCAGCGACGUCUUGCCCGAAUCCCCGAAAUCGGCCCGGAAAAAAGAAGAGGCCCGCCAAGCUGAGUUUGUCCGUCUUGGCCAGGCAUUCAAGCUCAAAAUGAUUGUGAGAGGCGAUGCCCCGGCCAUUUUGGCAACCGCCAGCCUCUGCAAGAAAGAGCCUUGGGAAUCCCAAUGUUUCUGCAGCAAUUUCCCACACGAUGUCUUCUGUGCCGAUUCCUGGGGGCAAUCUUUGCUCGUUUCUACGGAUGUUGGGGUCCUGCUCUUAGACGAUGGACAGCCUUCGACUCUGGUGUUUGAUAAAACUUUGCAAGUGAAGCAGAUGCACAUCCUGGAGACCUUGGACCUUCUGAUCGCGAGAGCCGACAAAGGAAAGGAUUCCCGGCUCCUGGUCUUCAGGCUCAGCGCCGUCCAGAAAGGCAUCGAAGGCAAGCAGAUCAAGAGCAAAUGCGACUGCAGGGAGAACAAGCUGGAGAAAACAAAAGGCUGCCAUUUGUAUGCCAUCAACACCCACCACGGCAACGAGCUGCGGGUUGUGGCCGCCAUCCGGAACAAGCUGCUCCUCAUCACCCGGAAGUUCUGGCAAUGGGAAGGCCUCAGCAGCCCGCCCUCAAUGUCCCCGCAGUCAGAGUCCCCCGUGGAGGAGUUCCAGUACAUCCGGGAGAUCUGCUUGUCCGACGUCCCGGUGGUCAUGGCGUUGGUCGACGGCCCCACGGGGGAGAACGACAACCUCAUCUGCGUCGCUUACCGGCACCAGUUUGACUUGGUCAACGAGAGCACUGGGGAGGCCUACCGUUUGCAUCACGUCGAAGCAAGCAGGGUUAAUUUUGUUGCAGCUAUUGAUGUGUACGAAGAUGGAGAGGCCGGCCUGCUCUUGUGCUACAACUAUGUCUGCUAUUACCGCAAAGUGUGCUCCUUCAACGGGGGCUCCUUUCUGGUCCAGCCGUCGGCGUCGGACUUCCAUUUCAGCUGGAAUCAGGUCCCUUAUGCGAUCGUUUGCGCCUUCCCGUACAUCCUGGCCUUCACCACCGAUUCCAUCGAAAUCCGCUUAGUGGUGAACGGGAACCUCGUCCACACGGCUGUGGUCCCUGCGCUUCAGCUGGUGGCCUCGCGGUCAGAUAUCUACUUCAGAGCGGCCUCUGCCGUGAGCGGACCGUCCAACGGCAGCUCCAAGGAGGCCAGUUCCCCUAGUUCUCCCCAGACGCCGUUGGUGCAGGAAAUCCCCGUUUUCUCUCCUUCUGCGGCAGAAGGCGAAGCGCUGUGCAGGAACAUCUACAAAAUCCCACUCAGCAACCUAGUUGGCAGGAGCAUUGAGCGCCCAUUGAAGUCCCCUUUGGUCCCCAAAGUCAUCGCCGCCCCGACUUCUGCUGCUGUCGGCAUCCCAGUGGCGCCUUCCCUCCCCUUGGCGCGCAUUGAGAUCAAAGAGAUCGCGAGCCGGACGCGCAAAGAACUACUUGGGCUCCUUGGAGAGUCUGCCCCGAAGACGGAAGGAGGGCAGAAACAGAAGAAAGCCCCCCCAAAACAGUCGGAACCCAAGCAGGGAACCCAAGUACGGUCAACAAGCAGCGACAGGAUCGCUGCAAGCUCCUUGGAGAGCAGCUCCGACGGCGGACCCUUCUCCCCCAGUUCGGAGCCCGACUCCGGUCCCCAGGGCCAGAGUCCCCCCCCUUCCGGAAGCCCCCCCUUCUGCCUCGGGGCCUCCUUCGAGGAGGAAGACAUCGACUUGAAAUGACGUCCGCAGGUUGCCCCUUUGCCUUCCUUCCCCUCCUUCCCCAUUUUCCUAUUCGGGACAAUCACGCUUUGCUUUCUAGAGACGACUCUGGGAGGGCUCAGCGUGCCAAACCCUAUUAAUCUUGGAGGGAGAGGGAGCGGGGCAGGCGAUAUGUGGGUCAUUCAAUGGUCAAAAUCGUAUCGAAGGCUCCUACUUGGCUCAAGUCUGUUUCAACCCAUCCCUACUGGUUGGAAUAACACCGAGCCAACCACAACCUAAGAGACCCGAGACCAGAGAAACAAAUCGCUUGAAUGAUCUGAGAAAGGAGGAAAGCCCAUUGGAUGUCUCCGUGAUGUUGCAACGAAGCAAGAGGGACGUAAACAAAAAGGAGACCAGGAGGCCCUAAGGAAUGGCCUGGUUAUAGGUGAUAACUGCUACCGUUUUCCCCUUUUCUAACAGAGGGAAAGCGCAUUUCCUCCUCUCCUUCAUAUCCUUUUCGUUUGUUGAUGGUGGACGCAUACGUUGGAUAUCUUUGGAGAGGUGUUACGAUGGGACAGCUUUCACUACGGCCUGCCUAUGGUUUUUAUCAAGGCCCGAGUAUGAGUUUUAUUAAGGCCCGAGUAUGGGUUUUAUUAAGGCCCAACUACGGGUUUUAUCAAGGUCCGACAAUGGAUUUUAUCAAGGUCCGACGAUGGGUUUUUAUCAAGGUCAGACGAUGGGCUUUAUCAAGACCCAACGAUGGGUUUCAUUAAGGCCUGAUGAUGGAUUUUAUUAAGAACUGAUGAUGGGUUAUAUUAAGGCCCAACAACGAGUAUUAUUAAGGCCAGACUAUGGUUUUAUUAGGACCCAACUACGGGUUUUAUCAAGGUCUGACGAUGGGUUUUAUUAAGACCCUACAAUGGGUUUUAUUAAGGUACAUGAUGGGUUUUGUUAAGGUCCGACGAUGGGUUCUAUUAAGACCCAACGAUGGGUUUUAUUAAGACCUGAUGAUGGGUUUUAUUAAGAACUGAUGAUGGGUUUUAUUAAGGCCCAACUAUGGGAUUUAUUAAGGCCCAACAAUGGGUUUUAUUAAGGCCCGAUGAUGGGUUUUAUUAAGGCUCGACUAUGGGUUUUAUUAAGGCCCGACAAUGGGUUUUAUUAAGGCUCGACUACAGGUUUUAUCAAGGUCCAAUGAUGGGUUUUAUUAAGACCUGAUUAUAGGUUUUAUUAAGACCUGACUACGGGUUUUAUCAAGGUCCGACAAUGGGUUUUAUUAAGGUCCAACUAUGGGUUUUAUUAAGGCCUGACGAUAGGUUUUAUUAAGGCCCGACGAUGAGUUUUAUUAAGACCCAACUAUGGGCUUUAUUAAAGCCUGACGAUGGGUUGUAUUAAGGCCCGACAAUGGGUUUUAUCAAGGUCCAAUGAUGGGUUUUAUUAAGACCUGAUUGUAGGUUUUAUUAAGAUCUGACUACGGGUUUUAUUAAGGCCCAACGAUAGGUUUCAUUAAGAUCUGACAAUGGGUUUUAUUAAGGCCUGACGAUGGGUUUUAUUAAGGCUCGACGAUUUGUUUUAUUAAGGCCCAACUAUGGGUUUUAUUAAGGUCCAACGGUGGGUUUUAUUAAGGCUCGACUACGGUUUUAUUAAGGUCCAACUACGAGUUUUAUCAAGGUCCAACGAUGAGUUUUAUUAAGACGUGACGAUGGGUUUUAUUAAGGUACAGGAUGGGUUUUAUUAAGACCCAACUAUGGGUUUUAUUAAAGCCUGACGAUGGGUUUUAUUAAGGCCCAAUGAUGGGCUUUAUUAAGGUCUGACAAUGGGUUUUAUGAAGGUCCAGGAAUGGGUUUCAUUAAGGCCUAACUAUGAUCUGCGUAUCAGUUUCAUUAAGGUCUGACUUGGUUUCUUUAAGGUCUCUCUAUGGGUUUUCUAAGAAGGAUCGAACACAAUGUCGGACUAGACAAGACUCUGGUCCCUUUGAAUACCUUUACAAACACGCCAAUGCCCAGUGAAUGACGGGCAUCUUCUCUGUCGGUCACCGUUCUGCCGACGAAUCGAGUUAAGGUAGCAUUCCAUUACAAUAACUGUCUUUCUAUUGACUGUAGCAGAUAUCCAGUAGCAGUUUUCUUAAACCGAAGCCUUUUUCCCUUCCCCAAAUCCAUACUCAUUUCCCUCUGUCUGUUUAUAUAAUGCAGUGGUUCCCAACCUGUGGUCCGUGGACCACCAGUGGUCCGCAAGAACGAAAAUACGGCCUCACCGUUACCACAGAAACUAGAGCUGAUGUGGUCUAUCCAAUGCAAUUGUCUGAAUCAGCACCCCAAAUAACCAAACUGAAUCUAAAGUUGACCAAAAACUGAUUCAUAAUACUAAUGUUGGAGAGUGGUCCCUGGUCAAAAAAAAGGUUGGGAAUCACUGAUAUAAUGAAUGACACAUGUCAAUGUUAAUGGA